AUGGCACCACCCAUCCAUAUCAAGCAGAAGGAAACCCGCGUAGAGUCGUGUAGACUGCAGAUCAUCAUCAUCGGAGCCGGUCUCGCCGGCCUAGGAGCAGCCAUCAGUUCCCUUCUAGCCGGCCACGACGUGCACGUCCUCGAAUCCGCCCAUGGAGUCGGCGAAGUAGGCGCCGGCAUCCAAGUCCUCCCCAACAGCUCCCGCGUCCUGCAGCACUGGGGUCUGGAAGAUGCGCUGACGCCCUACAUGACCCGCCCGCGUGUCUGCAAUUUCCUCGGCUGGAAGGGCAAUCUCAUUUCCUCGUUGGACUUCCACGAGUCCGAGAAGCAGUACCCCGGCACCUGGUAUCGGGACUUUCACCGCGCGGACCUGCACCGCUGCUUGCUAGAUCGUGCGCUGGAGCUCGGAGCGCAGUUCACGUGCAAUGCGCGCAUUGUCGAUGUCCGGGUGAGUGUCGACGAGGCGACCGCCACGGCAAUCGCUGCCGACGGGCGAGAAUGGACGGGGGAUUUGGUCAUUGGCGCCGAUGGAGUGUUUGGGACCUUGGUGGAGAAGCUGCUGGGUCAUCCCGAGCCGCCCAUCAAGACGGGCGAUUUGGCGUACCGGCUGCUUUUGUCCACAGAAGAGAUGCUCAAGGAUCCCGAAUUGGCAGGCUUCGUAACAGAUCCACAGGUCAACUACUGGCUUGGACCGGAUGCGCAUGCGGUGAAUUAUGUCCUGCGAGGCGGCGAAAAAUUCAACAUGGUCUUGCUGGUGCCGGACGAUAUCCCUGAAGACUGGCUGGCAUCGACGGUGGAAGGCAACGUGCAGGAGAUGUGCGCCCUAUUCGAAGGGUGGGAUCCACGAAUCCAGAAGCUGCUCAAACUAUGCCAAUCCGUCUACAAAUGGCGACUAUGCAUACGCUUUGGCGACCACGAGUGGACGCAUCCAUCAGGGUCAUGGGUCAUGAUAGGCGAUUCGGUCCAUGCCACACUUCCCUAUCUCGCCUCAGGGGCAGGUAUGGCCUUUGAAGACGGAGCUGUCCUUGGCGAAUGUCUGUCGAGACUUCCAAACAGCCCGACUACGAAGACCUCCCCCGAGUACCUGCAAAGCAAGCGCCAUGCACUGUCUGUUUUUGAAAGGUGUCGUAAGCAGCGGACGAAAAUGGUCGUAGACCGUGGAAAUGUGCAACAAUACCUCUAUCAUCUGCACGAUGGUCCUGAACAGGAGGACAGAGACCGCAAGAUGCAGAUGGUUCCAACCCCUGAGGGUGAGGCCCUGGCCUGGAGAGAUCCAGGUCUAGCGCCUAAGCUGCUGGGAUACGAUCAUAUUGCAGAUGUUGAUCUAAAUUGGAACGUGGAGGAAGAGAGUGAAGGAAUAGCAGUCUCUAGACUAUGA